UUUGGGCCCGCGUCGACACGGCUUGCUGCUGUUCCCCAUGAACCCCGUCGAACCCGCGCGACCGCAUCCAUCAUGACCUCGGGCAGGUCCCUGGGCGGUGGCCGCGUGCUCGGCAGCGGGCGCAACCUCUCGCCCGCCGUGUCCCCGCGCCCGCCUGCCCACCACCGCCGCAAUGCCAGCUUGCUGUCGCCCUCGGAGAGCUCUAUAUCCCUCAGCUCCCAGACGUCCAACAGCCCCGCAAGUACCGCCGAGGCCAGGGACGACAUCACCAGCAAGGUCUUGCUUCCAGGCGCCGAGAAUGCCGCAGCAAGCGCCUCCAGCAGGCUUGUGUGCCCCAUCUGCAAUGAGGAAAUGCUGACUCUGUUGCAACUGAACCGACAUCUCGACGACAACCACCAGAAUCUCGUAGAAGAGGAACAGGAUGAAGUCAAGAACUGGUUCGAGCAGCAGAUGGAGAAGGCAAAGAAAUUCCAGCCCCUAGCCGUUCUGAACCAGAAGCUCAAAGGCCUCGACGUCUUCGAAUCGAACGAUGCGCCUACACCGCCCCCGUUCGCCCAUGCUUCAACCGCCGCUCCUUCACACGAACCAGCGCCAGUUCGCCGAGACCCGGAAGAAGAAGUCACGCGAGCGCACUGGCAGCGGCCAAGCUAUCGCGACGUUUGCUCGGACCCCAUGUGUGGUAGACCCAUCAGUGCACAGAUGACGUUGGGAGGGAAUAAUUCUGCCGUCAACUGCAGAUGCUGCGGAAAGCUCUUCUGCGAGGACCACACUAUGUACCAGAUGAGGCUGUCGCGGCAGGCAAAACACGAUCCAGUAAGGGGCAUCUGGUGCAGGGUGUGCGAAACAUGCUACAAGUCAAGAGAUGGCUACAACGACCACCGUGGGCUCGACCGCGAUCACUUCAAAGGAUUCGCAGACAUCCGGAGAAAGAGGGUCGACCGAGAACACAUGGAAGUCAGCAGGCUAGAAAAGCGUUUGACGAAGCUGACGCAGCUGUUGGCAAACCCUCCUCCCGAUGAGAGUGCAACAAGCAGUUUUUGGCCGCUUUCAGGCGUGAAGAAUCAGCGUAAAGCCCUCGAGCAGUCUAUAAUCACCUGGGAGGAGGAUGCCAAGGUGUCGCAUUGUCCUUUCUGCCAGCAGGAGUUCUCCAGCUAUACCUUCCGUCGACACCAUUGCCGCAUGUGCGGCCGCGUAGUGUGUGGAGACCCGAAGACCGGAUGCUCUUCAGAGAUUGGGCUCAACAUCGCAGCAAGCGGGAACAGAACCGAGAAAGGUGAACAGAUGGGUGUCGACAUACGAAUGUGUAAGGACUGUAAUCACACGUUGUUCAGCAGAAGCGACUUCGAGCGGGAACUGGCGCAAAAUCCGACAGACCAGCGCGCAUAUGAGAACUUGACCCAGUUUGAGCGAGGCAUCCGCUUGCUCCUUCCACGAUUCCAAAAGCUGCUUAUGGCGCUACAAGAUCCAGACAAGCCGCCAUCACCGCAACAGCUUGCAGAUGCUACCAAAGUCCGGAAGAGGCUUAUGGAUGCAUUCUCCCAGUACGACACUGCAGCCAAAAGAAUUCGGGACUUGCCGACCGAGUCACCCACCCAGGCCAAAUUGCAGAGAGCUGUGUACCAACAAGCAUACAAUUUCCUGAGCACGCACAUGCUGCCAUUGCGGUCGCUACCGAGGGUCCUCAAGCACGCAGCCCCACAAGGCUUUAAAUCGAAUGGUCGUCAGAACGGAGGCGCACUUGCGUCUAUCAAGUACAACGACAGGCAAGCGGGGAGUGUUGUUAGUAGCAGCAGCGCAGUCUCUGCAUUAGAAUCGGAAGAGAAAGAGCUUCGUGAGAGACUCAUCAUCCUGGAGGAACAGAAGUUUAUGGUCUCAGAGAUGGUGGCAAAUGCUACUAAGCAUCGUCGCUUUGACGAAGUCACUAGCUUAGCACAGAAUUUGGAGGAUCUGAACAAGGAGAUCGAUCAGAUCAAUAGCCAGCUGGGGCAACUUGACUUCGCGGGUGCGUACCAGCGCGAGUUGGCGAGCCCACCCGGAUGACCGAAAAGCGGAAUGACGUACACAAUAUCACCACGGCCAUCCCACAGACCAACCGAAACGUUCCGGUACGCUCUUCGAUGCUGGAUUGCAUCGCAGGAACUCGAUAGCGGGCGCAUUGAGCUGGAUGAGCUCGACGCUCGCCUCGCAUACACUAGAUCACAGUCGCCCAAGCAAGAGCAUCCGCAAGGCCAACCACCAAUCUGCGGACAUUCGGCUUCAGGAUAUGGUUGCAUUUACAAGUGAGAAUGCUUUGUCUGGAGAUGCACAGGCGUAGGCCAAAGGCAGCAUAUAGUGAUAGACUGAACAGGCGCCAUAGGCUAAAAACAGGUCGAGAUUUGGUCAGUAUAGAGGGUUAAGCGUAGCGGUGGUGUAGGAUAGCAAGUAACGUGACCUAGGGUCCGGGAC